AGGAAAAUAAAGAAAAGCUUAGCAUUGGGCGUCUACGGGAUCCCAUCUUUCAAUCCUGACAGCAACCCCAUUACUUUUUUGCCUUUUCUUGGUCUCUGUCUCUCUAUGUACGUUUAGUUUUUAAAUGUCAAAAAAUGUUGGGAACUUCGAUAAAUCCCAUAAAACCACCUUCUUCUUCUGCCUCCUGGAAUUGCUAUUAUUGUUCUUGUGAAACGAGAAUGGCAACGUUGUUGUCCUCCACCUCUUCAUUUGAUUAUUAUAAUCACUCUCUUCACUUUCUUUUCUCUCCUUCCAAGUUACACAGCCCCAGAAUUUUGGCCUCCAAGCUUCCUGAACUCAGCUUCCCGGUCUUCUCACCAUCUAAAUCUCGAGUUUUUUGUGAAUCCAAGACACAGGAGGGCCAAAUUAGAAGAUGUUCACCUUUACUAGAAAAAGCAUCACUGCCAAGUAAUGGUGCACUUGCCUCUGAUGAAUGGAAAGCAGUCCCCGACAUUUGGAGGUCUUCAGCAGAAAAGCAUGGCGAUCGAGUAGCAGUGGUGGAUCCAUAUCAUGAUCCACCUUCUACCAUGACUUAUAAACAGUUGGAGCAGGAAAUAUUGGACUUCACUGAAGGUUUAAGGGUUAUUGGAGUAAACCCAGAAGAAAAGGUUGCACUUUUUGCUGAUAAUUCAUGCCGAUGGCUUGCUGCAGAUCAAGGUAUAAUGGCAAUGGGAGCAAUUAAUGUUGUCAGGGGGUCAAGAUCAGCUGUGGAAGAGCUUUUACAUAUAUAUAAUCAUUCCGAAAGUGUUGGGCUUGUUGUUGACAAUCCUGAAUUUUUCAAUCGUCUUGCCGGAACAUUUUCUUCCAAGGCAACCAUGAGAUUUAUUGUUCUACUUUGGGGGGAGAAAGUAUGCCUUUCCAGUGGUGAAACACACAGUGUGCCUAUAUUCAGUUAUAAGGAGAUCAUAGAGUUAGGAAGAGAGAGCCGUGUUGCUCAUAUUGAUUCUCAUGAUGCUAGACAAGGUUGCAAAUAUGAAAUCAUUGGCUCAGAUGAUAUUGCUACUAUUGUAUAUACAAGUGGAACCACUGGUAACCCGAAAGGCGUUAUGCUUACACAUAAGAAUUUAUUACACCAGAUAGAAAAUUUGUGGGAUGUUGUACCCACUGAAGCUGGGGAUAGGUUUCUAAGCAUGCUUCCUACUUGGCACGUGUAUGAGCGAGCUUGCGAGUAUUUCACAUUUACACAUGGAAUUGAGCAAGUAUACACAACCGUGAGAAAUUUGAAGGAUGAUUUGAGACAUUAUCAACCACAAUACCUGAUUUCUGUACCUUUAGUGUAUGAGACACUCUAUCGUGGGAUUCAAAAGCAGAUUUCAACAAGCUCCACUAUUCGUAAAUUAAUUGCAGUUUCAUUCAUAAGGGUCAGCUUGGCAUAUAUGGAAUUCAAGAGAAUUUACGAGGGGCUAUACCUAACAAGGAAUACGGAGCAACCUUCAUAUCUUGCAUCCAUGUUAGAUUGUUUAUGGGCAAGAAUUAUUGCUGCAAUAUUGUGGCCAUUGCAUGUGUUAGCAAAGAAGCUUGUCUAUCAAAAAAUUCACUCUUCUAUUGGAAUAUCAAAGGCUGGCGUAAAUGGGGGUGGAAGUUUGCCUAUGCAUCUGGACAAGUUUUUUGAGGCAAUUGGUGUAACAGUGCAGAAUGGAUAUGGUUUAACAGAAUCAUCCCCUGUCGUUGCUUGUCGACGACCUUACUGUAAUGUUAUUGGUUCAAUCGGGCAUCCGAUUCAACACACUGAAUUCAAAGUUGUAGAUUCCAAAACUGGUGAGGUUCUCCCGCCUGGCACCAGAGGCAUUGUAAAGGUUAGGGGGCCACAGGUGAUGAAAGGUUACUAUAAGAAUCCUUUGGCUACUAAGCAAGCUCUAGAUGAAGAUGGUUGGCUAGACACUGGUGAUAUAGGUUGGAUUGCACCUCAUCAUUCGGUCGGGCGAAGUCGUCGUUGUGGAGGUGUGAUAGUUCUUGAAGGACGUGCCAAGGACACCAUUGUUCUUUCUUCCGGUGAAAAUGUUGAACCUUUAGAGAUUGAAGAAGCUGCCAUGAGGAGCAGUCUUAUUCAACAGAUUGUGGUCGUAGGGCAGGACCAACGACGCCUUGCAGCUAUCAUUGUCCCAAACAAAGAUGAGGUACUUCAGGCUGCAAAAGUAUCCUCUAUCGUAGAUCCAGAUGCUGUAGAUCUUGGCAGGGACAAAAUGACAAGCCUGCUAUAUGAAGAAUUAAGCAAAUGGACCUCGGAGUGUUCAUUUCAAGUCGGACCAAUCCUUGUUGUGGAUGAACCUUUUACGAUUGAUAGCGGCUUAAUGACCCCAACCAUGAAAAUAAGAAGAGACCAAGUUGUAGCGAAAUACAAGGAGGAAAUAGCCAAUCUGUACAAGUAAAUUCCUUUUACAACAUAUGAUAUACAUGAAGACUACAAUGACCAUUCUUAUGCGGGAUUCUCAAAAUUGAUGCAAAUAGCAAGGGGAUUAUAAAGAUGAAAUGAGAAAUGGGUGUUUGGUUUCAAAAUAGUACACACUUUGUGAUCUGUGGUGGAGACAAAUUGAUGAUGAACUACUGAAAUGUUAAAUUUGUAAUUAGUUGACUGAUAAAGCUGAGAUUUUACAGAAAGAAAGAUGUAUUAAAUGUAUCUUUCUAAAAAUAAUGAAAAUAAUAAAUUAAUUGUCAUCCUAUAAUUAGUAUUGUCAUCUUAUAAUUAUUAAAUAA